AUGGCCUGCGAUGAUAUGGAACUGUCAUCAGAUUCUGACAAUUCUGAAAUUUUUGGAGAAAUUGGAUACACAGGUAAAAAUAAAAAUACAUAUCACAAAAGACGCCUACUGUCAAGUAGCUCGGAAUCUAAUUCCGAAAUUAAUCCACGUCAGUUUCUUUGGAAUGCACAAAAUUUGAUACCAAAAGUUUUUAAUUUUGAUGAAAAUCUACCAGGAAUUAAAGCAAAUAUUGAUGAUAAAUCGUCAAUAUUAGAAAUCUUUCAACUUUUCUUUUCCGAAAAUAUUCUUAAACAUAUUGUGGAAAAAACUAACAAUUAUUAUACCACGAAAACUUCACACAAUAAGUGCUCACGAUUGAUUGCAUGGAAAAAUACAACAGUAAGCGAAAUGUAUCGAUUUUUUGCUCUGUCGAUGUUAAUCUCAAGAAUAAGGAAAUUAUCAAUAGAUGAAUAUUGGUCAACCGACAAAUUGCUACGAACAGAACAUUUUCCAAGAAUCAUGAAAAAAGAAAGAUAUAUAUCUCUCUUACAAAUGCUGUACUUUCACGAUAACAGUGAGACAACAAAUCAAGAUGCGCUAAUAAAGAUACGGAGCAUCAUUGAUAGACUGCGAAAUUCCUUUUCACGAUCAUUUUACCCAUAUCAGCAUUUAUGCAUCGACGAAAGUUUGCUGCUUUUCAAAGGGCGAUGUUUUUCCAAGCAUCUUAUUCCUUUAAAACGAAGAAAAUUUGAGAUUAAGUCGUUUGUUGUUUAUGACUGUCGUACCGGAUAUAUUGAAGAUUUUAUUGUCUAUUGUGAAGCACGUAAAAAUAUAACUAAGAAUAAUCAUUCAGCAGAAAUUGGCAAAUCAGGGAAUAUUGUCAUGACGCUGAUGGAACCGUAUCUGAAUAAAGGUCAUGUUUUGGUCACCGAUAGCUGGUACUCAAGCCCAGCUUUAUUUUCCCUACUAUACCAAAAUAAGACAAAUGCAUUUGGGACAGUAAGGAAAACCAGACGUGGAAUGCCUAAUAUAUCUAAUAAAUUAUGUAAAGGCGAAGUUGCGUUUCAGUCUACGGAUAAACUGUUAGCACUAAAAUGGAUGGACAAAAGAGAAGUACUGGUAUUAUCAAGCUGUCAUUCUGCUGAGUAUGUAGGAACAAAGAAAAGUGAUGUUAGAACGGGAGCACCAAUACUGAAACCAAGUGUCAUAGUAGACUAUAAUCGCAUUAUGGGAGCAGUUGAUAAAACUGAUAUGAUUCUAAAUUCCAUUAAUAUCGUUGAGAAAACUCUGAAAUGGUAUAAGAAAUUCUUUUUCCACAUGCUUGACCUUUCGAUCUAUAAUACUUACAUACUCUAUAAAAUUACGUCCAAAAAGAAUAUAACAUUUGCGAAGUUUUAUUUAUGCCUGAUUCAAGAAAUUCUACUAAAAUAUCCAAAUGAAAAUAUAUGUAGCAAUAAGUCUGGAGGCCAAACUGCAUCCAAAGAUAACCUCUUACGACUGGUUUCAAGACACUUUCCAUCAAAAUACACCAAUCCAACAGGAACGCGGCAGAACGGUCGACGGAAAUGUGUGGUUUGUAGCAAACACAAAAUGCGAGCCGAAACACGAUUCCAAUGUAAAGACUGUAACGUUGGAUUAUGCAUUGAACCCUGUUUUGAACUAUAUCAUACGAAAAAAGAUUAUUAA